UCACUCCACUACUCUUCUCUUUGCAAUUCCUAGGUUUGGCAUGGGGAGGGAAGAUAGAGUUAUUCUCUGUUCUGUUCUGUUCUUUUUUGGUAUUAUUGAACAAUUUUUACAGUAACAUAUAUGUAUCGAUUUUCCUAGUGCACAUGCGCCUGGUUUUUUGUUUAAAAGCAGGCGAUUUGUGGACCAUUGAUCUACUCAUCAAGAUUCGUGUCAAUUAUUUUUCCUCUGGCUGCUCUCUCGCUGGACCUCGACCCUUCUUCUGGUCUUCUCUCCCCACUCUGCCAGGCGGCGCGCUCGAGACGGAGAGGACAGCGCGGGGGCUUCUGCUCGUUGCCCGCGGUUUGGGAGGUGGAGGGUGGCGGGGCGAUUCUGCUGGCAGACGGCGCGACGCUGCGGACGUGCUGGGUGCGACGGCGCAGACGAUUGGGACGCGCCGUACACGAGGAGACAGGGGAGGCGCCGGGGAUCGUCUCCGGCUCGAGUCCGCGGCUGCCGGGGCGCGCCUCUUCUCCAAUCGACAAGCUCUCGCGGGGAACUUCCUCACCAGCGACAACUCAUCUCCGGGGUGUGAUUCCCAGGAAAUCCAGUGUCAAGAAUAAGGGGAGGGGAGGGAAGAGGGUGCGGUCAGUGGGCACACCUUGACUACGGGGGAUUGAGGUUAGCUUCCAUAAUUCUGGCUUCAAGUUGUUGUUCUCUCUACGGAUCUGAGACGGUUGAUUUCUGCUUGAGUUUAUGUUUUACCGAAUUUUGCUUCGUCCUUCUCUUCCUCAAGCUGCCGUGAGCAAUAUCGAGGUUUGUUCUUUUCCCAAAUCAAAAACCCCCUAGGCUUUUAAUUCAAAUUUUCUGAUUGCAUGUCUUUUAAAUCAAAUUUUGUACUUGCAGUGGCUUUUAAUUCAAGUUGCAACCCAGUUAUUGCGUUGCAACUGUAGAAUUUUUAAAAUACAAUUGCAUUUUUUUUAGGACAAAUCUAGAUUUGUUGCCGGCUGCAAUUGCAACUACAUAUAGUCUUCUUUUUGGUAAUUUGCAUUGCUCUACUUCUAGGAUCGUACAACCUGUAAUGUGUAAAGUUACAAUAGGUAUUUUGAACUACAUUUUCAAUGUGUUGUGAGAGCGUUUGCCUAUUUAAUUUGUUUUGUUUUGGUCCCAUUAGAUAUGUGUUGCAUGGCUCAGAAAAAAGUGACUGAUUUUUCUUGAAAUAACAUGUGGCUGUUUUUUCACAACACAUUAUGGCUUUUGUAUAUGCUCGAAUCCAUGUGAUUUCUGUUUUCUGGCUUUGCCAUAUGCUUUUCUGUAUGAGCAGUGACAAUUUAGCUCUUCUCCUUCUAAUUUAGCUCAAUAUAUAUCCCAGAAAGCACACUGGUUUGCUUUUGUUGUCGAUAUUUCCCAGAAGUGCUUUUGGAUCAUCGAUUCUUAUUUCAGAGAGGGCUAUUAUAACGAAAUAGAUGAUCUAAUUGUUAGUUUGCUGACUAUAUCUCUGCACUGCAUGAUUUGGUUUUAUUUUUUCCUUUUUGUAAUUCGAGCACCUGCAUAUUUUUGCAAUUUUCCAGUGCCUGCACCUGCAAUUGCAUACCACCCGGGCUGCAUUUGCAUACCACAUUGACUGCAAUUGCAGUUGUUCUUACUGAUGGAAUUGCACACAGACCAAUCACACUUGGAUAGCUUCUGCAAUUCCAUUCUUAAUUAUACAUCUGUCUUAUUAUUUGUAGAUUCAUUUUGUCCAAGAAGGGUGAUGGCAAUGAUUAGACGAUGAUCUUUUUUCGCAUGUUAACUGAAACACCCAUUUUCUGUAUUUCUGUCGAAGUGUUUUGGAUCUGAUGUUGCUAGAUGUUUAAUUCUGUGAGGGUAAUUUUGCAGCUUAUAUGCUCGAGUUCGAGGUGUCUUUUGUAAGGUGUAUAAACAUAUAAUUGGAAAUUUCUGGUUCAAAUAACGGUAGUUUACUUAUAAUUCCUUUUGUUGUUAAAUAUUAAGUGCUCCCUCUUUCUUUGAUCAGCAUUUCUGUGCUAUGGCAGUAAGUAUUUUCUGAAAGUGUGCACAUGAUGUAAAUGUCCUCUGCACAUGCAGCCCUAGUGUGCUGUCCUGUGGGGUGGGGGAACUCGUACCUUAUUAGAUGGGGGAUAUACACUAUUCUGCAUCUGCAUGUUGUAAAUAUUAUCAAUCCCCUGUCCCUCAAUAGUCAACACUGUGUAGUUUUUGUGCUCUUGAAUUCAUCUCCAAGGUAGCUCUCUGAUUAGGGUGUACUAGGAGAUCAUGAUUCGUCGAUGUUGUGAUUAUAUUUUAUACCUGCAAAAUGUUCCAACAUAAUUAAUUACUAUGAUUGAAAUGCACAUUAGUUUCAUGCUGCACCUUCUUGCAUCAAGGUUUGAAGUGGGUUUGAUGUCACAGAAAUAUGUAGAGAAGUAACCAAAGGGCUAACCAAAUACUGAAGGGCAUACUGAACCCUGAACCAAAUAUGUGGACAAAUUACCCGAUCCAAUACUUUUCUGUUGCAAUCAAGUUCUCCUUAUGUGUUUGUGUCAUGUAUUGGAAGCAAUACUUGCCUAUAGGGGAGAGGAGGAGAUGGAUUGGGGUGUUUUGUGAACACCUGUACGUAUUGAUAUUGAGACUAGCUUCCAGACUUGAAGUUGCUCCUCUCUCUUCUGAAUCUGAAUCGGUUGAUUUCUCCUCUAUUUUUCGCUUCAUUGGAUUUGCAGCUCAUUUUAUUUGCAAGUUGUAGGUUCCCCGGUUGCAAUUGCAAAUAGGUUCUUUUACUUUUUGUUUUAGAUCCUGUAGCAGAUCUUAGGAUCUCUGUUUUCUUUUUGACACAAGGAUCUCUGUUUUCCUUUUCUUUUUUUAGAAUGGAUCUCUGUUUUCUGUGUAGAAGCUCAUCACAUUUUGAUCAUUUCUAUAGACACAAAGCCCUCCAUUUGAAAACAAUAGGCCCAGGCCCAACACACAAAAUUUCAGCACAAAAGGCCCAGAACACAAAGCAUAGAAACAAUACGUAACUAGAGUAAUUCUGGUCCACACAAUAGCAUAUCUUAUGUUUUACAGCUCAAUAAAAUGUGACUGGUUUUUGAUGAAAAACCAGGCGACUGCUUCUAAACAAAAUAACAGGCGACUGUUUUAGAAAGGAAAAACAGGCGUCUGGUCAAUAGACAGACCCUGUAUGUAUACUGUACAUACAUAAUCAAUUUCGUUUGCCAAAACUAGUGGUCUGUACACCCGUUGUCCUUGUACCGUUGUAGCUCCAUUCCUGGUUGUUGUUGUAGCGAUUUUGCAAUGGCGCCCUCCCUUUGGGAUGGAACUCUGUCUAUCGACGACUUCAACGCCUCGGCGAAGGCUCUGAUGACCAAGUGGAGGGAGAUUGAUGUCGAAGAUUCUCUUCCAGACUGGACAUGGAAACCUUGCUGCACAAUGGGGGUGGCAUCUCAGGUAGAGGGGUUUCUAGCUCUCGAAGGAGUGUUUCACACUGGUGCAGGAAGCCAGACUGAGGAUAACAACAACCUCAGCGAUGAAGGAACUGUAGAGCAUGAUACUUGGGUCCAGAGCUCUAGUGAUAGUGUUCAUGUUUAUGAUUUCCAUAUUGCCUACAGCUUUUCUUACAAGGUUCCGUUGCUAUACUUUCAAGGUCAUCAGGCUGGUGGACAGCUACUAACUAUAGAUGAGAUUAAAAAGGAUCUCCCUGCCCACUCACUUAAUGUAUUAAGUGAGUCAAAGUGGACAUUUAUUACUCGGGAGGAGCAUCCCCACCUAAGUAGGCCAUGGUUCACCUUGCAUCCCUGUGGUACGAGUGACUGGAUGAAGUUGCUUCUAGGUAAAUCGGGAGAGAAGGAUCUAUGUCUGCAAUACUUGUCAACAUGGUUAUCUGUAGUUGGCCAGGCAGUAGGGUUGAAAAUUCCGCUAAAGCUUCACUGCAAUUCAUAGGUUCACUCUUUUUCAGUAUGUUGUACUACUGUGCUGUGGUUGUGCCGUGACAGUUAUGGUCACUGAAAUGGGAAGUGAUCACCUGUUAUUUUUCUUUGGAUAGGUUCAAACAUUCUCAUAUUGGUUACACAUUAUAAUUCCACCAAUUUGUAAUUUUGUAAACGCCUAGUGGCUUAGUUACAGCUUUUACAUGAUUUCCAUAUUUUGCACGCAA